AUGGCGCCCAAGACUCCCACCAACAUCACCCUCUACACUGUGGGCACGCCCAACGGCAUCAAGGCGUCCAUCAUGCUCGAGGAGCUCAACCUCGACUACAAGGUGCACAAGAUCUCAUUUGACAAGAACGAGCAGAAGGAGGACUGGUUCCUCGCCAUCAACCCCAACGGCCGCAUCCCCGCCAUGACCGACAAGGACGCCAACGGCAACACCAUCCGCAUCUUCGAGUCCGGCGCCAUCCUCGAGUACCUCGCCGCCACCUACGACAAGGAACACAAGGUCAGCUACCCCUACGCCAGCAACGAGCACUGGGAGGUCACCAGCUGGCUCAUGUGGCAGAUGGGCGGCCUCGGCCCCAUGCAGGGCCAGGCCAACCACUUCAACCGCUACGCCCCCGAGAAGAUCCCCUACGGCAUCAACCGCUACGUCAACGAGACACGCCGCCUCUACCGCACCAUGGACACCCACCUCGCCAAGGCCCCGCACGGCUACCUCGUCGGCGACAGGGUCACCGUCGCCGACAUUUCCUGCUGGGGCUGGGUCGCCCACGGCUUCUGGGCCGGCGUCGAGAUUGACGAUUUCCCCGCCCUCAAGAAGUGGCUCUACAAGCUGCUCGAGCGCCCUGGCUUCGAGGCCGGACGCCACGUCCCCACGCCCCACACUGCGUUUGAGCAGAUGAAGAAGAGCCCCGAGGAGCUGGAGGAGGACGCCAAGGCUGGUCAGAAGUGGGUGCAGGCUGGCAUGAAGCAGGACGCGAAGCAGUGA